AUGAAAGUUCUCUUAUUGUGUACAGAAUAAAAAAAUAUUGUUUUCAUUAAUUAUUUUUUAUUUAUAUUAUAUAACGUGCGAAAUUACGCUGUUAUGAUAAGGACAGCCCAAAGAUAUUUUACUUAAUUUUAAGUUGAAAUGGCUUCAAGGCGUUGGUUUCAUCCAAAUAUAACUGGCAUAGAAGCUGAAGAUCUUUUAAUGAAACGUGGAGUUGAUGGCAGUUUUUUAGCUCGACCAAGUACAAGUAGCCCUGGUGAUUUCACGUUAUCAGUUCGUCGUAAAGGUGAAGUAACACAUAUUAAAAUUCAAAAUACAGGUGAUUUUUAUGAUUUAUAUGGCGGUGAAAAAUUUGCAACAUUAUCGGAAUUAGUUCAACAUUAUAUGGAAAAUCAUGGACAAUUACGUGAAAGAAACGGACAAAUUAUAGAAUUAUUGUUCCCUUUAAAUUGUGCUGAUCCAACUACUGAACGUUGGUUUCAUGGUCAUUUAACUGGAAAAGAAGCUGAACGUACAUUAUUAGAACGUAGUAAAAACGGUAGUUUUCUAGUGCGUGAAUCCCAAUCAAAGAUUGGUGAUUUUGUAUUGUGUGUACGAAACGACGAUCGAGUUUUACAAGUAAUUAUACGUUGUCGAAACGAUAAUCGUUACGAUAUUGGAGGAGGUGAAGAGUUUGACAGUUUAUCCGAAUUAAUUGAACAUUAUAAAUCAAAUCCAAUGGUUGAAACAUCUGGUACAGUUGUUCAUUUGAAACAGCCGUUCAAUGCAACCAGAAUUAACGUUUCUGGAAUACACAGUCGUGUUAAACAAUUACAAAAAGAAAACGGUCAGUGUGCGGCAGGUAAAGCAGGAUUUUGGGAAGAGUUUGAAUCAUUACAACAACAAGAAUGCAAACAAUUGUUUUCGAGAAGUGAAGGCUCAAAACCUGAAAAUCGUAAUAAAAAUAGAUAUAAAAAUAUUCUUCCAUUUGAUCACACUCGUGUUAAAUUACGAGGCCAAGAUGAAGGUUUCGAGUAUAUCAAUGCGAAUUACAUACAAAACUCCGAAGAUCGUGAUUCAUCUUACAAAGUUUAUAUUGCAACACAAGGUUGCGUACCGUCAACAAUAAAUGACUUUUGGUUCAUGGUUUGGCAAGAAAAUUGUCGUGUAAUUGUGAUGACUACUAAAGAAAUUGAACGGGGUAAAAAUAAAUGUGCAAGAUAUUGGCCAGAAGAGGAUCAAAGUAAAGAAUAUGGGAAAAUUACUGUUCGAAGUAUUAGUGAAAGUUCAACGGCAGAUUAUACAUUAAGAGAAUUUAUUGUUACUAAACAAAAUUGUGUAGAAAAACCAAAAGAACGACAUAUAUACCAUUAUCAUUUUCAGGCAUGGCCAGAUCAUGGUGUUCCAGCCGAUCCCGGUUGUGUAUUAAAUUUCUUGCAUGACGUAAACGUACGACAAGAACAAUUAGGGAUACCAACAUCACCGAUAUUAGUACAUUGUUCAGCCGGUAUUGGACGCACUGGUACCUUCAUUGUAAUUGACAUGAUACUUGAUCAAAUUAAAAAACAAGGUUUAAAUUGUGAAAUCGAUAUACAACGUACAAUACAAAUGGUACGAUCACAACGUUCAGGUAUGGUACAAACGGAAGCACAAUAUAAAUUUGUGUAUUUAGCGGUACAACAUUAUAUUGAAACGGUCUCACAACGAAUACAUGCUGAUCACAAAUCAAUGAAAUUGGGUAGAGAAUAUUCUAAUAUACGUUAUUCAAAUGAGGUUAUUAAAGAUGCAACUACACCCUCAAUGACAACAUCUUCAUCCAAUAAUGUGUUAAUUGGAGAAACUAGGCGAUAAAACUUCUUGUUUUUUUCUUUUUUUAAAUUUUUUUUU